CCUUCAUCAAACUAUCCAAACAAGUACGACUACAUAUCGGUGGUUAAAUCAUCGUCACACCCGUACGGAUAUAACAAUGUGCCUCCAUUAUCAGUCGACCCCAACCAAGCUCAGGAACCGAUGCCACAACCUGCAUUGUACAAUGGUGGUCCUUCUUCGAUAACGAACCCUGGCCAUAUAUUGACUCCAUCAGCAACCCCUCCACAACCCUAUUGGAACACUCCAUCCUACUCCGACCUUCAUUUUAACGAUCCACGCACCUCUUCUCAGCCAUCACCACAACCCACACGCACUUUAUCGCAUGAACCUUCCUCAAUGAUAUCCAAACUCUAUGUAUCGCCCACCAGCCAUCAAUUACUCUCGACCAAAGUUAUCAACCACUAUAUGGGAGGAUGAAGGCACUGUAUGUUAUCAAGUGGAUGCCAAAGGCAUCUGUGUCGCACGCCGACAAGACAACGAUAUGGUGAAUGGUACCAAAUUACUGAAUGUGGCUGGCAUGUCUCGUGGAAAGCGGGACGGCAUACUCAAAAAUGAGAAAGGACGUGUGGUGGUUAAAGUGGGAGCCAUGCAUCUCAAAGGUGUUUGGGUCACAUUUUCUCGAGCCAAAACUCUCGCAUCGCAAUACAAGAUUUCAGACAUACUGUAUCCUCUAUUUGUCAAUGAUCCUAGCGUAUUUCUCUAUUCCACCACUUUGCCAUCUACACCGCGUCCUUCCACUUACAACCGACAGAUCCCACAACGGUCAAUAUCAUCCAAUACUUCCAUUACAUGGCAAUCUGGCUCUUCGAAUGAAAACGAUCAAGCUUAUGAUACAGGCUUUCCAAGCUCCACUCAAUCUCAGCAACAACAAGCUUCUGUACAAACCGAUAUCUUGUCAUCGGACAAUUCAUAUAUAUUAGAUUACUCUCGGAACCAAUUUACUGUGCCUGCUACCAUGGUGCCUUACAAUCAACCGGUACCAGACUAUUUCGCUUCAGAAAGUGACAAUUCGCGCUACAGGAUGUGAGCUCGUCCUCUGAUGUUUUUGUAAAAAAAUAAAACAAAAAAAAAACCAUUGCUUUUUUUUGGUGGAGACAUCGAAUGUAAUAUCUCCACCGCCACCUACUUAACCCAACAUGUAUGGAGGGGGGAGGGGCUGGUAGAAAGACA